AUGCUGGACACUUCUCGCAGCUCAAGCACAGCCGUGGAGAUCUGGCACUUCCGGAUUUUCGUGUUUUCUGCUACAGCAACCUUGGCUUUGGGAGUCGAAGUGGCUUACACCAAACUGGUCCCGAGGCUUCCGCAGCUCUAUGCUGCCCUCAUACGUGCCGCGGUGUGGGACUGCGUGCUGGUGGGGGUGCUGGUCGCGCAGCUUGUGGACUUGGCCUCCAUACCCUUGCUGGCGGGCAUAGACACCGGCCACUACUUGCCCUUGGCUGUGCUACUGUACCACGCCAUCGCAUUCGGGUUUUGCGGCUUCUACGACUUGCUCAGUCAGCAAGGCAGUGGGAGGUCCCGGACUUGGCACCGCACGCUGGUCUCGCGACGUGUCCUGCUCGAGCUUGCUGGUGGGCCUUCGGGCACAAAGCUCUACUUGGGCCGCAUUUGCUUCAUUGUGAGCGGGGGGGCGAUGUGGCUUGCCAUCCGCGUGCUCCUCCUACUUGGGGAAGACACGAUGGUGCUGACCUGCUUCAUUUUGCUGAUGUUCGUGUCCUACUGCGCCGCGGGCUUGGCGGCCCUGGAGCCCCGGAGGAGUUUGCCGGGGCAGCUGGUCCAGUGGCUCUGCACUGGCUGGGGCGCGCGCGAGGCGCUCUUGCAGGGGCCGCUGAAGAUCUUAGGGGCGCUGCUGAUGCUGCCCUUUGCGGCCUCCGUGAUUGCAGCGCAGAUUUGGCUCCGGACCAUAUCCUUCAUCGUGUGGCUGGCAGUGGCAUGGCCCUGCUGCCGGCUGCAGCGCGCCGACAACGUCUUCGACGCCUUCGAGCGGGAGCUGGCCAUACCGCUGCUGCAGUGCUCCUUCCUGGCCUUUGCCUGCACACUUGCUGGCUUGGUCUUGGAGGCCGAGCUGUCGCGGCAGCAGCGUCUGGCGGUGGGGGUGGCGGCCACCUACUACACGGCCAUGCUCUUGGCCUGGACGGCCCCUGCCGUGCUGCAAGCCAAGGUGGCAGCAGAGGAAAGCUACGAUGCCCACCCCGUGCUGGGGGAAGAAGGAUCGGUGCAGCUUCUGGAUCCUGGAGAUGGCGUGGAAUUGGAGGAGCUGCGCGGAACAUGCGACGAGCUGAAAGCGCUGCUUCAGCGCGAGCGCCAUGACCACGCCGUGGAGGUUGGGCGAUUGGUCGCCAAACUCCGUGACCAAGAGCUAGUGGCCCGCGCGCAGGGCGAAAGUGGCGGCGCAUCUGUUAGGUCCUUUGGCGGCUCUCCGGAGGCUGCCACCAGCAGCCCUAGUGCUGCGAGGGCGAACUCGAAGCAAGCGUUGUGGCCACGCGGCCAGGACGUUGCACAGGAGUCCCCAGCUGCGGACGGGGGGGAUGCAGAUGCCCGCGGCAGAUUAGCGAGUGCUGCAAAGGCUGCCACCAGCAGCCCUAGUGCUGCGAGGGCGACCUCGAAGAACGCAUCGGGGCCACAAGGGCUGGAUGUUGCGCAGGAGUCCCCACCUGCAGACGCGGGGGAAGCAGAUGCCCGCGGCAGAUUGGCGAGUGCUGCAAAGGCUGCCACCAGCAGCCCGGGUGCUGCGAGGGCGACCUCGAAGAACGCAUCAGGGCAGGACGUUGCACAGGAGUCCCCAGCUGCAGACGCAGGGGAUGCAGAUGCCCAUGACAGAUUGGCCAGCGCUGCACAGGCUACCACCAGCCCCGAUGCUGCCAGGGCGAACUCGAAGCACGCCCUGGGGCCAAGCGGGCAGGAGUCCCCAUAUGCAGAUGAGGAUGCAGAUGCCCAUGACAGAUUGGCCAGCGCUGCACAGGCUGCCACCAGCAUUGCGCAGGAGUCCCUAGCUGCAGACGGUGGUGAUGCGGAUGUCGCUGUAGAGGAUGGCCUGGCUGAGACUGCACAGGCCGAGGCGGCUGCUGCACAAGCCAGCUCGGAUGCUGAGGCAAGCGAGGUCGACAGAAGGCCUGUGGAUGACCAGCCUGCGGAGAUCUCUGAUUCAAACCAUGAGGAGCGCCACGCAGCAGGUACUGAUAGUUCUGAGAGCGAACCUUAG